AUGAAUUAUUUUUUUGGUGGCAUUAAUACACCUGACCCAAAGGUUUCAGCAAAAUCUCAACUCCGGGAUUUAUUUAAAGUGGAUACUAGGGGAAAUCACUGGAAUAUCAUGAAUGUGGGUCCAAAUACACCGCCAGGAAGAUUUCAUCAUACUGCUACAAUUCUUUCUGAUGAAAGGAUGUAUGUAAUUGGAGGGUAUUCUGUAGACAAGUUAGCAGACAUGAAUGAAAUUUACGUUUAUGAUACGAUAGAAGAAAAAUGGAGUGUUCAGACCGCAGUUGGUACUUUACCUUUGGCACGCAGAGAUCAUACCGCAGUAGGAACGCAUGACGGUAAAGUGAUAAUAUACGGCGGUGUUAACCAAGAUUUUACUAGAAUAUUUGAUGAUAUUGCAAUUUUGGAUACAACCAAACAACCUUAUACUUGGAAAGUUUAUAAGGCAAACGGCGUCAUACCACCAGCAAGAUAUUCGCAUACGGCUACGAUCAUUGGAACUAAUAUGUUGAUUGCAUUUGGGUAUUUGGCAGAUAAUAUUGCAGAUAAUAAUAUAUAUGUCCUUGAUACAAACACGUACACAUGGAAAGAAAAUUACACCCCAGAAAAUUUAGAAUUUACAAAAACAACGCUUUCAAUUUCAAAGCCCUCAAUAUCGACAGUAACGACACAUGGUACUGACGGAGUUAAAUUAUUGUUUAUUUUGUUGGUUGGUGUUGGUUUAUUUUGGUUUUACAACAGACAAAGACGACGCCGUAUUAUAAUUUUAUAA